CCUCGCACGACACACGGACUAUCAUAGCAACGCCCACUUCCGCUAGCCAUCAUACAUCUGAGCGACGCACGACGGGCAGCUCGAUGGCGGGAACAACAACGACGAUGGCAGGGCACGUCCACGGCUACUGCGCGUGCGGCCGCCUGCGCUAUACGAUCGACUGCAGCAACCUCGACUCGGACCUGACGCUGUCGGCCUUCUGCCACUGCUCGCGCUGCCAACGCAUCAACGGCGCCCCCUUUGUUCACUCGCUGCACCUCAAGUACCCCGCCGUCACCUGGGACCCUAAGCCAGAGAAGCAGAGCGGCGAUCCUCCACGAGCCCCCGAGACGGGUUUCAGCGCGCAGGUCGAGACGUACGAGAGCCUGCCGGGGAAAAAGUGGAAGCUGCGGUGCAAGACGUGCGGCAGUCCCAUGGGCACCUGGAAUGGCGAGCGAUCAAAAUGGACCAUCUGGCCAAAUACGAUUGCGCGGAAACCAACGGAAAAGACGUCGGGUAAUCUGGCCGAGGGGCCCUUUGACAUACCCGCAGAUAUCCUGCCCCGCUUCAAAGCCAACCACCAUCAGUUCUACGGGCCAUGGCGGACGAUGGACGUCUAUGAUGGCCUCGACAAGUUCGUCGGCUACAAGGACAUCAGCCAAAAGGUGGACGACGAAGGCAGGGCACUCGACUCAUGAAAACAGUAGAGAGCACAAAUGAGAAAAGGGGGGAAGCGCCAUGACAAGCGUGGAAAAGUGAACAUUGUCGACGGCCGCUGUCGCAUUCUAGAGAGAGAGAAGGUUCAUAGAUACCAAGGAGAGCCAAAAUAAGAUCCCACCGUGAACAGCUCUCAGUAUUGUUCGAGCACAGGCCGAGCUGAGCCGACCGUGCCCGAGAGGGGGAAUGGAAAGAAAAAGGAGAUCGAAUGGGAGUGGUUCUUG